AUGGACAGCGAGGCGCCCGGCCGCGCCCGCAGGCUUCUCCAGCAGCUCUCAGAGUCAGACCGUCCCAUCGCUGUACACUUCCACAAGAGCCGAGUGCGAGGAAAUUUCACCGACCUUACCUUGAUUUGUGAAGGGAAACGAUUAGCCGUCCACAGGCUUGUGGAAUCGUUCUCGGGCGAAUUCGUGAUGAAAGAAGAUUCGUUGUUGCUUGUUGAGAAGUUGAUCGACUACCUCUAUACCACCGACUAUGAAGAUGUGGUUAAAGAGAUUGAUGACCAUCUGAAUGAGAGCCCGUCAAUACUCCAGGUAAAUGCUAGAAUGUUUGCAUUGGGAGACAAGUAUGACGUCGGAGGCCUCUGCGAUCUGUCUGCUGCAAAGUAUGCAAGAAGGCUGAAUCAACCCGUUGAUGGUGUGGAGUAUUUGGAGUCUGUCCCGGACGUGUACAAUUUAACUGCGACGGUUGUCAAACCACUUAAGCACCUUGGUCCCGCAAAUUGUGUGAGAGGGUUUUUACCGAGACCCCCGAAUUCGUAA